AUGGAGAAGUGUUGCAGUCUGGAGACAUCUUUUCCUAAGGAAGAAUUAUGUGAUGAGAAAAAUAUACCCACUAUGUGUUAUCUUUACAGAGAGGACCGUCCGUUUUUUAAUCACGUUGAGGGAAUUACUCAGAUUGCAAAUGCAGUCCUCAAGAACAAAGAGAAAAACGGUACUGAUCAAAUAGAUGGCUUAAUUAAGCAAUAUUAUGAAGGCGCCCCGUUGUUUUACUCAAACGAACCACGGAAAGCGAAAGUUUUUAAACCUGUUCUACUGUAUCAUUCAUACAGUGGCAACGAGUCUUACUUACGUGACAACCUCCAGAGUUUCUGUUUAUCAGACAACACACAGCAUCGACAUUUAAAGAUGUCUCUUUCAGACAAGGACAGAAAUGGAGAACCUGAGACAGUGUUAGAAGCAGAUGAAAAGAUACAAGCAGACAACCUUCGGAAAAUAGACAGCUGGAGUCAAUGGACAAAUUCCAAUGUUAAUAUUGCCAAAAUGGCUGAAUUAGUAACUCGCAAUGUACACUCUGAAGAGAUUAUUGUCAAAUCUCAGUUUACACAGAAGAUAUUUUCUUCAGCCAAUGAUACUUUUCGACAUGACUCGCAUAGGUCAGCAUUCAGUAAACCACGCAGUUCCCAGUAUCGUGACUUGUACGUAAACAGUUUAUCAAAUUUGCGAUGUGCUACAUACAAUUGUUGCAGUUUCAGUAAAUAUCCUCACAAAUGUGAGUGUGGGCGAGCAUUUGCUCGAAGUGAAGAGCUUACUAGACACAGGCGAAUUCAUUCUGGGCACAGACCAUUCCGCUGCUCGCAGUGUUCAAAAACUUUUGGACGUAAGGAUCACCUGAAGAAGCACAGGACCACCCAUUUACACAUAUCAGAGAAGAAAGUUCAUGUCUGCAACAUGAAAGAGUGCCAGCAGAGAUACACACGUUCUGAUGCACUUGCUCGCCAUCAAUGGGCUGUUCAUGGAAUCAAAGCAAGUGUUCCUAAAUGA